AUGCUGGACGGUUUCGAACCAGUUGUGAGGUUUCUUGCACAGUACCAAGGUGAUGACUAUGUGAAAGGAUGGGCCAAACUGUGGGAUAAGGGCGACUGCCUUGACUGGGAUAAAGGGUUUCCCAACCCAGCAUUAGAAGAUACACUUAUCCAGCGCCGCUUGAUUAUCGGUGAUCCUCUACUCGAGGAUGCUGAGGGAAACCAGUAUAGGCGAAAGGCACUGGUUCCUGGAUGUGGUCGAGGCGUGGAUGUCCUCCUUCUGGCCAGCUUUGGCUAUGACGCCUAUGGCCUGGAGUAUAGUCAUUCUGCUGUCGAGACCUGCAAGAAGGAGGCAUCCGAAACAGGCGGCAGAUAUCCUAUCAGAAAUCCAGAAUUCGGAAGAGGCAGCGUCACAUUUGUGCAGGGCGACUUCUUCGGUGAUGCUUGGUUGGAUGCCCUGGGUCUACAGCGAUAUGCCUUUGAUCUGGUGUAUGAUCACUCGUUUUUCUGUGCCCUGAAUCCAUCGCUCCGCCCCAGAUGGGCUCUGAGACAAACUCAGCUUCUUGUCCCCGACGGCCAUCUAGUCUGCCUCGAAUAUCCAAGGCACAGGGAUCCCUCGGAAAUGGGACCACCGUGGACUGCAUCAUCGGAAGAUUACUGGAAGCACCUGACGCAGCCAGGAGAGGCUGGAGUCAGCUCCAAGGACACCCCGAAUGACAACGGGCUUAUACGGGUAGCACAUUGGCAGCCGGACCGCACACACGAGAACGGAAAGGAUGCCAGUGGUAAUAUUCAGGAUCGCGUUGCCAUUUGGUGUCGGCGCGACAAGGCUAGGGAAACGGUUUGCAAAGAUUGCUGAGGCUAAGCCGCGGUGCUGCUGCCAAAACUCCAAGAAAAGAUUGAAAAUGUUGUAUAUGUAUUAAAAUAUGUAUAUACCAGAUAUCAUCUCGCUACUUUUUUUAUAUGACCCGAAAUUGUGUAUGACUGCGCACUCACAGUAGGCUCCUCAGAACCGAGGUCUGCUCCAAGACAGCCCGCCGACUGGUGCCGCCGACAGCAUCCUUCAGCUCCACUGCACGCUCAUAAUCCAGACAGGCGUUCACAUCGUCAUCGAAGCGAGCAUCAACUGUCUUCAGUUGCUCGAGGGAAAGUGUAUCCAUGGGCACGCUGGUCUUCUCCGCCAGGGCAACAA